GCGGCGACGCUCAGUCUCGUCCGUCGCAAUCCAGUGCAGAUAUACGUGCAAUUACCCUGUCAACAGUGCUUAAAAUCUCCGUGCUCGUGCCCGCGUACGCUGGCACGCAGUGAUCGAUAACACUCGCGAACAGACCGCCGUCGAUCGCGACACAUUUUCCGCGAUUGCCGGAAGAAGAGAUAAAAAAAAAAGAAAAGAAAAAUAACGGAAAAAGCGACAGCGGGAAAGUUUCGGAACGCGCGGUGAUCAAUCUGGUGCACGGGAUGAUUUGAAUUCGAUCGGUCUCGUUGUCGCGAAAGAGGGUUGAAGUCGAAGGGAACUGCGGAGCGGCGCGAAGUUUGACAGUGUAAAGUUUGACAGUUUGGACAGUGAAUCCGAAUGCGCGCCAUUUCCGACGACGCGCAGAAAGUGAUACGAAGUGAGGCUGAGAAGACCGCGUUUUGAUGUUGUUCGAUUCUACGUACGACGAUCGCGUUCGUUUGAAGUAGACAGAAAACGAGAGAGAGAGAAGGAGUGACACAGCGAGAUAGAUGUGGUGCCGUGUAAUUCCGCGUACGUUCUUUCACGCGUUUCGUUAACUUGAUGCGUUGCGUCGCGAGUGAGUGCAUCAGUGAACUGUGAACCCAAAGUCCGGUGUGAUCUCAUUCAGGAAAAUUGACACUCCGAGGACUCCUUACACGCGAUCAAGAUGAAGACUCGCCACCUGUGGCUAGAAGCGGCUGUCGUCUUCUUUGCAAUAACAAGUGCAAACUGCCUACGGGAGAUCAGGCUGGAGGUAGUUCCCGAGGUGGUGCAACGUGGUCAGGAGGCGAUUCUACGGUGCCAUUAUGAUCUGGAGACGGCGCCACUCUAUUCUCUCAAGUGGUACCGGGGCAGGCAUGAGUUCUACCGAUUCGCGCCCACCGAAGAACCAUCUACCAAGAUCUUCAACAUCUCCGGGAUUUAUGUCGACCCUGACAACUCGAACAAGAGCCAGGUAACGCUCCGCAAAGUCGACUUCGGCCUCUCGGGUACAUUCAGCUGCGAAGUUACGGCAGACGCGCCGACCUUCUCCACGGCCUCCGUCUCGAAGAAUCUCACCGUAGUGUCUUUACCCAGCGGGAGACCCGUUAUCGUAUCGGAACGCGAACGCUACGAUCCGGGAGACACGUUGAGGGCAAAUUGCAGUCUGCCGUUAUCGAAGCCGCCGGUUCAGUUCUUAUUCACGCUGAACAAUCAGCAGGUGGACCCGACCGCGAGGCAACAGCGAACGAAAGAUGACGACGGGGCGCAGUGGAGCGAGAUCAAUCUCACCCUUCAGCCAUUCCAUUACACGAACGGCCAGUUGACUCUACGUUGCACCGCACAGAUACCCGGCAUCUAUUCGUCGAUGAACGAGCUCCAGCUCGGCGCGGGUGUGCGCGAGCCUGUGCCCGAAAGAGUAACCUCAGAAAACGGAAGCGACUUGAACACGAUGACGUUUGUGACAAUACUCAGCCUGGGCAUGCUCCAUCUGCUUCUGAGAUAGUCACGGCACGUCUGAGACUACGAGAAGGGAGCUCACGGGCGUCGCAUGAUAAAUAGCACACUAGUCAGCAAGAGGAGGGGCUGGAGGAAGAGACGACGGAAUUUAAGGACCGCGUAUGGAUGGCGCAGAAACAAAUAAUAUUGUUAAAUUGAUAAUUACUCUAAUAUUUUUUUUUUCUCUCGUCUAGUGCGUUGAAUUUUUGUUUUAAGAUAGAUUUUCUUUUUAAGAAUUCUGCAUGUUCCCCGGGUUUUCGUUCGUUAAGAUUCUUGACAGCAAUGUAGUAUAUAGUAACUUUCGAUUAGCGAUUCGUUUUUCAACUCUAUGAACACUAUGGUGAAAUUAGAAUCAAAAAGACGCGACAUUUAAAAUUUGAUACUGCCGAUCACGAAAUCCUAAAAUUGUUGCCGUUUUUUUAAAUCAUUAUUUUGUAAGACGCGUCCAUACUUACGCGCGAAUUGUUUCUCGUUUGUCUUGUCAAUGGACAGAGAAAAGAGAACGCGAUCAGCGCGCGCAUUAAAGGCUAACGUUGCAUUCCAAAUUGUACUGGCGGAGAAAUCCGGCGAAAUAACCACGCAUUUAAAUCCACUGUCGAAAGACUUGUUGCGACGCGCUUUACAGCACGAUGAAGCGAAUACGAAAAAGCGAAUUAAUCGCGUUCGAUUAUUGCCAUGACGCUCAAUUUGAGAUUUGCACAAAAGGGAUUCGUCCACGAAUAAGAGCGACGAAGAAGGGAAAGGAUAAGACUUUGAAGUCUGUUGCACAUAUACAUGUCUGUAGGUGCUUGUACAGUCCGCCUCUGAAGGAUUUGCGAUCCUUGCCGCGAGAAAAAGAGUGUGUGUGAAAGAAAGAGAGAGAGAAUGAGAGAGAGAGAGAGAAAAAGUGAAAGAUGUUCUCUUCCGCUACAUCACUGACAAGAAGGACCCGAACCGGAGAGAUCACACAAAGGAAGAGAAACGGGAUAAAGCGGUGCGAAAAGUUUUCGCAUACCGAGCGAAGAGAAUUCUCGUUUCGCGAAAUCGUAUCUCUCUUGGUACCCGAGGUAACAACGCACUCGAUGUGCGCAUUCGAAUAUCUCCCUGUUACACUCGCCUAGGACGAGCAUGGCCGUCAUGCGAUGGAGAGUCCAUUUGUCUAUUGUCCAAACGCUCCCGGGCUCGCUCGCGUAGGCGGAUCAAUGUCGCGAAUUUCGAAGCGGAGGACUCUCUGGACGCGCGCGCGAAAAUAGACUACUGUGGAUCUGUCUUUUUUUUUUUCUCUCCAAGUUCUCAUUUUUUUGCUUUUUGCAUGCGAGAACUACGUGGCUGUUGCUGCGGACGAAUGCGGCUGUAAACGAGCAGGUAUGUAUUUACGAUCAUUUAGUUUUCAAUCCCUCUUCCGGAUUCGCUUUUGUAAUAAGUCUGUCGCUCGCUAUUUAAUAGCGAAUACGCUAUACAAAAGGGACAUAUUUUGAUACCGCUGUUUUUUUGUAUUUAUUCUGGUUUUUUUUGUUUAAUGCAACGGGAUAUACAUUUUAUUUUUUUUUUUUUCUGCUUUUCCAUGGACUUUGAAAUGUAACGUUUAAACUAGGCAGAUACCGAUCUCUCCGACGUUUGCGCCGUAAAGUUUUUGGACGAGUAUUUCGAAACUAUUUGCAAAUAUACGACGUCCUGUCAAGCGUAUAAUUUGAAGGUAACCGAUCGGUAGGAGAUCGAUUUAUCGAAGAAAGGAGAGGAGAAAGUAACGCGCUUAGAAAGGCCUGGCCCGAACGUUGCGUUUUUCAUUCUUCCCCUUCUCGUCUGUCUUCUCUUUAUUAAACGGACGAUAAACCUCGUGAGCGAUUCCGCGCGUUUAUGCUUCGCUCUUUUAUUCCGAACACAAAAUCGCGUUUGUAUUAACUCUUAUCCCUCUCUCUCAAACGCAGGACGUCUCUUCCCCUCUUCUUCUCUUUCCUUUUGCUCUUGCUUUCCGCGUGCACACAAUAGCAUUUGGUUCGAUCGCCUACAAAUCUCCGCGACAUGAUGCGUAUCGACGUGAAACUGCAUGGAAAGCAUCAUGCUUAUUUUUUGCGGUGAGAUACGACGAUUUCCGAUUGGUAUGAUAAAUCGUGCCAAAUCGGGAAAAUUGUGUCGGACGUGCUAAUAAUUUCGUGCCACGCUCAAAAGGAAGAUCGAGUUUCAAUAUUCUCGAAGUGCACUCUUCGAGAGUUGUAGGAUUAAUAAUUUAUAGUGAUACUCGCGCGUAAAAGUUAUUUUAACGUUUUAUAUUUGUUUAAUUUAAAAAGUACGUAAAAACGUAGUAACAUACAUUUUAACAAUAAUGUUAACAUUACAUUUUUAAAUUCGAUCUAUUCUCUUUUAAUUUACAGAGUGAAAAAAAUUUUUUAAAUGUUGCUUUGUAAGGAUACAUAAUAUAUGAAUUAAACUGUUGAGUUAUUUGAUGUAAAAAUUUCAUUUACAAAUGUUCAUUUUUUUUUUAAAUGUAAUUUAAGCAGAAUUUAUUAUUUUAAGAACAGGCUGAUCUUUAUGCCUGAUGUGAAAAGAGCUUUUGUAAUAUUAAUAAUCAGAUGAAAGAGUUCGAUUUAUUUUAUUGAUA